AUGAGUUCACCUUCCGAAACGCCACAGUCGCCCGAGGGGAAGGGCAAGGAGCAAUCGCCCACUAAUGGCCCUGAAUCUCCCAAGGCCAAUGAUGAAUCACAGCCUACUCAAGUUCUGGAUGGCGCGCAUUGGAUUCAGGCAGACCUGGAUGCAGAAGAUGACACUGAUGGGGACUCGACCUUGGGUUUUGACGCUCAGAGCUCGACUGCCUCGCUCUCAUCAAGCAUUUUGCGUUAUCGGACCAUCAACGGAAGGACUUACCACAGCGAUACCGUAACGGACGGAGAGUACUGGGGACCAAAUGACGAAAAGGCCAACUCGCUUCUGGAUGUCUUCCACCAUGCGAUGACCCUGAUGCUUGAUGGCGAGCUGUAUACUGCGCCCAUUGAUGGGAACAAGGUUGAGAAUGUCCUUGACAUCGGUACCGGUACUGGACUAUGGGCCAUCGACUUCGCCGACAAAUACCCCAAAGCCACCGUUAUCGGCACCGAUCUCUCGCCCAUCCAACCCACGUGGGUGCCUCCCAACCUGCGUUUCGACAUUGACGACGCCACCCGCGAAUGGACCUACAAGCCCGCCUCCUUGGAUUUCAUCCAUAUCCGCUGGCUCACCGGUGCCAUCAAGGACUGGACGGCGCUGUACAAGGAAGCUUACCGCUGCUUAAAGCCAGGCGGCUGGAUUGAGCACCUCGAGACCGAAGGCCAUGUUGAUUCGGAGGACGGAACCAUCCACGACAAGGCGGCCCUGAGCCAAUGGAGCGCCAUCUGGAAGGAGGGCGGACGGAAGAGCGGAAACCCAGUUGAGAUCCUGGAGAAGGAUUUGCAGGCUGAUGGGAUGAGGGAGGCGGGGUUUACAAAUAUCAAGGUUACUGAUUAUAAGACCCCCUGUUCCCCCUGGCCAAAAGACGAAAAACAAAAGGAACUCGGCCUCUUCAUCUACGCCGUCUUCACCAUGGACCUCGAAGGCGUCAUGCAGUUCAUGUUCAACAACAUCAUGGGAUGGACACCCGAGGAGACGGCUAGCUAUGCGGCGCAUUUGAGAAGGGAGUUGAAGGAUACCAAGCAGUUCCAUCCGAAUAUGACGUGGAGGGUGGUUUAUGCGCAGAAACCGUUGGAUUCUGAGGAUUAA